AUGGCCACUGUUAGGUCUUUAUUUGCUGUGGCAUCUAUUGAAAACUGGUAUGUUCAACAAAUGGAUGUUAAAAAUGUCUUUUUGCAUGGAAACAAUUUGACUGAAAUCAAUGCAGCAAAAACAUUUCUGUCAAGUCAGUUUCACAUGAAGGACAUGGGUCUAAAGUUGCCUAUGGAUAGUCAUCAAAAACUCACUGCUGGUGUCGGUGAACCUCUUAGUCAUCCUGAAAUGUAUGAACAGCUGGUUGGAAAGCUCAUUUAUCUUACAAUUACCAGACCUGAUAUUGCAUACACAGUGCAUGUGCUCAGCAAGUUUAUGCAUGCUCCUACUUCUGUUCAUCUUCAAGCAUCUAAAAGGGUACUCGGAUAUCUAUGA